AUGAGCAGAUUCGCCCGAUCGAAUCUGCUCAUCAGCUAUACCAGGCUAGAACAACUUCAUCGGAACUGGAUAUCACUCAUUGCUGCAAACAAAGAAGAGGAAAAAAAAAGAUUCUCUCAAUACAUCUACAAAUAUGGAGACUACCGCACCACGCUACAAGAUGCAGUACCAGUCCUUGAGAAAAUGGACACCGCUCUCGAUGCAAUCGAAGAAGAGUUCGAGAAACGCUGA